AUGGAUGUGCAAGUACUUAAUGUUGAUCUCUUUAAAAAAUUAUCAUUAGCAUUAGCAAUUAUUCGUAAUACACCAUCCGGUAUUAAACCAGAUGUAUUUACACGUAGUUUAUCAAAACGAUUAUUUCCUCGAUCUAAUCGUUCAACUCAACUUGUAUGUCUUCUUAAUGAAUAUCUUAUUCUUCGUCAACAAGAUGUUUUAUCUCGUUUUCUUUCAUCUCAUUCAUUAUUAUCAUCAAGUAUUUCAUUUAUGGAUUUAAGUAUUAUAUCAUCUGAUCAGAAUGAUAUGAAUAAAAAAUUAACAAAUGAAUAUGAAUAUGGUGAAUUUGCUGAAAAAGUAUUGAAAUUAAAAGAUAAAAAAUAUCGAAUUAAAAUUGAUGAUAUUGAAUUUUUACUUAAUGUAUUAACUAAAUGGAUAACAACAACAAAUAUCAAUCAUCAUCAUCAAAUAUUACCAAUAGAUGCAUGUCUUUAUACAAUACAAAUUAUUGCAAAUCAUCUUAAAACUGAUAAUGAUAAACCAUAUCAUAUUGUUCUUGAUCUUUUACCAAUAAUUGAUAAAUUUCUUGAUUGUAUACUUAAUAUACUUGAACAUACUUUGGAUAAGAAUGUUUAUUAUCUUCAUCAAAUGAUUAUUUCAUUAGCUUCAUCAAAUUCUUGUGUUUCACGUAUUUUGGAUAAAAUAUGUAUUCAUCUUUGUCAAUAUUGUGAAAACACGGAAAUAAAUGAUGAUUAUGAUCGUGAAUUUACAACUAAUAUAUCUUUGAUUGAUCCGAUAGAUCGUUUAUUUAAUAUUCUUCAUGAAAUUAUUCAUAAUCGUAGUAUAUUUCAACGUCGUUUAUCACAACGAACAGUAGAUAAAUUAUUUACUUUUAUUAAUCAAGUUGUAAAUUUACUUGAUGGAAAACCAAAUUAUACACAUAUACUUAAACUUCAAGGGCAAUUACAAGCGGCAAAUUAUAAAACAACAGAAAUAUCGAAUAAAAUUUUUCGAACUUAUACAAGUUCAAGUAGUAGUGAUCAUUCACAAUAUCAACAACAACAACAACAGAAACAUUAUGCAACAAAAGCAUUGACAGCAAAAGCGAAUAAUCUUGAUUAUUCAAUGAGUCAACAUUCACAAUCACAAUACUUUUAA